UCCUAAUGGGAUUAGAAGUGACCAAAAUGGCGACAUUUUCAGCUUGUCACAACACUUUGGUUCCAAACUUUCUGUGUUUUUUUGCCAAGAACAUGGAAAUAUGAUAAAAACUAAUAAGUUACUAAGGCUUAAAACCAAAACUGGCCGACUGCUUGAUGUUGUGCGGGAACACUACCUGCGACAGGACGUCCCUUGCCAUAGUGAAGUUUGUACUGUGUGCGAACAAGGUAAUGGAACCCAGCUUUCCUCGUCACUGACUCAUUAUGUUGUACCAGACUGCCAGGUUACAAGGCUGUUCCUGGAAUUAUUCGAGAAUGCAGAAAUCCAAGGAGUGAUUUUCCUUCAAACUGUUGUCAGUUUUACUCAACAUCAAGGAGGAAGAAAGCUGUAUUCUCAGCUCAAAAGCCUUGUUAAUGACAAUAGGCAACAGUGUAUCAUAUUCAGCAAUGAGUUCUGUGAUGGAGCACAUGUUCCUCGGGAGCCAGGGGAGUCUUUAGAAAAGUGGCAGUGGAGAUCUGUUUAUUCUGGUGCUGUCUGGUACCAUGAUCAUUUAAACCAAGUGGUACCUCUUGUGGUAAUAACAGAAGACCAACAGGCUGUAGCAGAUUAUGGAAACAAGAAUGCUGGUGUAUUUGUCAUGAGCAUGGAAGACUACCUCACAAACUUCUAUCCCACCAUUCAGACUGCUUUGGAUCUAUAUUAUUCACUAGCUGCUGUUAAUGCUGAAGGGAAUGAGAUGGCCAAAGAGGCUGUGACAAAGGAAUAUCUGGAGUACUUUCCAUCUGAGGUUCUGGAAGCUGGAAUUAAAGUUGGGCGGUUCUUAAGAGGAUGUCUCAAUGUCAACAAACAUUGUGCACAAGAUGAGGCAUUCGUUCAAAAGUCAGGGGAGGGAAUUUCAAACAACAAAGACUCGUCAGACUCUGAUAUCUUAAUUUCUGGCAUGGUGAACAGAAACAGAGCAGUCCAUGGUGAUAUUGUAGUGGUAGAAUUACUUCACAAAUCACAAUGGAAAGGCAGAUCAGUUUCUCUCAAGAGCAAGGAUGAAGGCUCGUCUUUAGCUGAAGGUUUGUUUCAAGAAGAACAGAGUGAAGUUAUGCCCACUGGUCGUGUGGUUGGAGUGCUUCAAAGAAAUUGGAGAGAUUAUGUGGCAAGUUUUGCUGAGAAUGAGGAAACCCAGGGAACAAGAAAAACGGCUGGAAAGGUCAUUGUUGUGCCUUGGGAUUACCGCAUUCCAAAGAUACGGAUCAGUACACGGCAAGUUGACAGCUUGCGAGAUCACAGGAUCGUAGUGCGGAUUGAUUUUUGGGAGGUUGACUCUGUGUACCCAAGCGGCCAUUUUGUUCGUUCCUUGGGUCCCAUUGGUGAUCUAGAAACAGAAGUUCAAGCGCUGAUGGUAGAGCACUCGUUAGCGGCUCCCUCUUUCACAGAGGCUCAGCUCAAGGAGCUUCCCAGUAAUACACCUGAGAACCCCUGGGUGAUGUCAGAUGAGGAAAUAAUAAAACGACGUGAUUUACGAAAAUCACACUUGAUCUUUAGCAUUGAUCCAAAAGGAUGCGAGGAUGUCGACGACACUCUAUCAGUAAGAUCAUUGAAACGUGGCCAGAUAGAGCUUGGUGUUCAUAUAGCAGAUGUAUCUCACUUUGUUAGACCAGGCUCACUAACAGACACUGAAGCCAAAACAAGAUCAACUACAGUAUAUCUGGCCGACCGAAGGUUUGACAUGUUACCAGAAGUGCUUAGCGCUGACCUGUGCUCACUCAUUGGAGGUGUCGACAGAUACGCUGUAAGUGUUCUUUGGGUUAUGGAUUCCGACUACAAUGUUGUCAAGACUUGGUUUGGUAGAACUGUGAUUCGGUCCUCCUACAAGCUUUUCUAUGAGGCAGCGCAAGCCAUUGCUGAUGGAGAGACCAAUGAGGAAGAUCUCAUUAAAGACAUUCCGGAAUUACAGAAUGUUGAACGAGAAGCUGCAUCAAAAAGGUUGUCCGAAAUUCGUCGAACAGUAUUGAAACUUAUGGACAUUGCAAGAGUGAUUAAAUCAAGAAGAACCGUCCACGGUGCACUAGAACUAGAAGGUGUAGAGGUGCAAGUCCAACUAGAUGAUAAAAAAGACAUAAAGGAUUUAAUUCCUAAAAAGCCCUUAGAAAUUCAUGAAACUGUGGCAGAGUGUAUGAUAUUCGCCAAUCACUGGGUAGCCAAGAAAAUUGCUGAAGCUUUUCCUAGCGCAGCUCUGUUGCGUCAUCACCCACUGCCAAGAACACAGCACUUUGCAAACCUCAUGCAUUGUGCAGGCUCUAAAGGAUUUUCUAUCGACACAAGCUCGAAUAAAUCUCUGGCUGACUCACUGGAUGAAUGUUUUGAUCCUCAGGAUCCUAACUUUAAUAAGCUUAUCCGUUCUCUUGCAACUCAAGCCAUGUCAAAUGCACUCUACUUCUCCACUGGCUCACUAUCGCCGGAACAUUUCUUCCACUAUGGCCUUGCCUUGGAUCACUACACGCAUUUUACGUCACCGAUUAGGAGAUACGCUGAUGUCAUUGUUCACAGACUGUUAAUCGCCGCUGUUGAAAAUGAAGACAUUGCCGAGCUUCCAAACAACAAAGAACUUCAAGAGACGUGCCAGCAUAUUAAUAUCAAGCACAGGGCUGCCCAGAACGCCCAGAAGGAAUCCGUUGUUCUUUUUCAAAGCUUAUUUUUCCAAGACUUACCCGAAGAUGACGAGAGACGGAACUGUGACGCUGUUAUCUUUAAUCUAAGGGCAAAUGGCGUCCUUGUGUUUGUUCCACGUUACGGUUUGAAAGGCCCAGUCUAUCUCAAGGACAAGACAGGAGAAGUAGUCACUCCGUAUGUAAAAGAUGAUUCAGUUGUUUUCGGUCCAGGGUCACUUUCUCGUUUCGAGUAUCACAUGACAGUCAGGAAUGGUGCUGGAACCUUCGACUUUCGACUGUUUGAUCAUAUUCAGGUACGAAUAUCUGUCGUCAAGUCACGUGCGCAUGCUCAGUGUCUGAGACUCGAACUGCUGUCUUUGGAAACGAGGCAGAGUCCUCCACCGAGUGAAAUGGCGUCCCAAGAUGACGCUUCGCAUGCAAUGAAAAGAAGUGAACUUGUAAAGGAGGUGAAGUCAAGUCGUGAUGAACAGCAAAAAAACGUUGGAACGGAAGGACUUGAUGGCGACUUUGCCAAACUUAAAUCAGAGUUCGGCCAAACCCAUGAGAGCGUCAGCCUCUACUCUCUAAUGGAGUUCUUCCGAGAAAUGUCAUUGAGAGAUGAUGAUGGAUGAUCCAGGGUUCUUAAUUUCCCAGGAAUCCAUGAAAUCUUAAAAGUCUUGGAUAUUUUAUUGCGGCAGCUUUCAGGACCUGACGUCCUGGCAAUCUGUAAAUUUAAUAUCCAUUGCGGAUCCAAAAAGAAAAAAAAAAGAAAAGAAAGAAAGAAUGGUUAAUGGAUAUAAUUGGCCAACUCUGGUAGAAGGAGGUCUCACCGUCACGAUUGCAACAAAGGAUUUCUUGAGAGUUAUUAGUGCGCCCAUUUAGGGGCUGAAAAUAGUUCUGAAACGCUAGUGCAAACGCUAUGAUCACUGAACCUCGAAUUAAGUCAAGGUUUUAAACAAGGGAAUACAAACGCAUAUUAUCUUUGACACUUUAAAUGUAUUGUAACAUUUACAAAUGUAGUCAGCACUGUGAUGCUAAUUGGGAACACUGUAGGCGUGGAAACAAAAAUUAAAUUUUGGUAUCUACUGUAAAUAGAUCAAAAAUCGUUUUAAAGAUUCCCAAACAGUCAGAGGCGAACAAGUUGGUUUUUGCACUGGCAUGGAUGAGGUGUAGUUCCUUACAACUACUGCUACUAGUCAAAACUGAGGACACGAACCCAUGUUUUCACACCCAACUUCUAGAUAAAAUACGACGCAACUUCUAGAUAAAUUUGGAGCUAAAUAACACGAAAUAUGUAGAUCAAAUGUCAUGUCAACUUAUCUUCUAAAUGCUGUGAUUUUUGAGAAUCAUGUAAAACAUAAAAUUCUUAAAAUUAUAACGAAUCCUGAAGAGCAAUGCAGAGUACCGUUAGUUUGCUUUCAGCUGGUUGUAUGUUAUGUUAAGAACCAUUGAUUCGUAGAGAGGUUUACUUUCCAUUCUAACAAUGAAGAAUUUGAUUAUUGUUGCGCAGCGAAGCGAUAAACGAUACUUAUCUGGGCAUGCGCGGGGGUUGUAGAGGGGGUUACUAUCUGUCUCGUUAUCAUGUUUCACAAGACACGAAAAUGAGAUUCCCCGAGGUUGCACUAUCACAAGGCAACAACUGUAACUUGAUAUACCACUGUCACCUCGGGCAUUUCUUUUCGAACGCUCUUCCAACGAAGGCUACGGACGAACCUCUAAAGACCACAGUAACAAAUUCUUUAUCUUAACGUUCUUCAGUAAAGAGCUUCAAGUUCUGAAUACUGAAGUUCCAAAUAAUCGACGAAUUCUUAAAUGGUCUUAAGCUCCACAUGAUUUUUUUUAAAGAAAGGAUAUGGUCAGGAAAACUCUGCGUUUCGGUCAAUAGUUUCUUAAAAUAAAACAAAAGUGAAAAAAAUUAAAACUAAAACGGGGAGGGGAGAAGAAAGUAAAAAUAAUUCCUGUGCCUUUGGGGACUUGGGAGAUUGGACGUUCUAAUAUACAGAGGACUGAACUUGUAAAAACUUCAUGAUAUAUUCAAUGGGCAAAAAUACGCUGGCACAGUAUUUGUUCCAAACAAGCCAAUCCCCCACAGUGUUAUCACGUCUCCCUCAAGUUAAACUUAAUGUUCUCUACACUAUUACGCAGCAUUCAGUUUCUGUUAGAAAUUACUAGUUAACUAAAUAUUUCGAAAGAUGCGAAGAAUUGUAAUGCUGAGCAUUGGAUAUAAAGGUUAAAAAGAGAGAAAAAGCUAGAUUAAUGGCCGAGUAAAGACAAACUUCUACCGCUUCAACAUCUGUCGAGUGCGAAACCAACAUAGGCCUUACAAGGUUUCCAGAAUCCUUAAAAAUGUUGCAGCUGUUAUUGGACUACAUUGGCCAUGCAUAACUUGCCCAGGUUAAACGUUGACAAAAGGACAGUGUAGUUUUUGUGGUCUAGACCAUAAUUCCUUUAUUUAGCGUGUGUAUUUAUUUAUAUGUCAAGAUGCAUGCAAGAAUACCGUAUGGUAAAACUCUCGAAACAACGGCAUGAAUGCUUAAAUUGGGGUUGUUCAACAUCGACUUCUGAAUGAGCAUUGGAAUAUUGUGCUGCAAAGUAGCAGUGGCACCAAACAAAUCAUGAAUCACUACCGUAUGCACUGUUCCCAUCCGCCAUACUUUGUUUACCCCAAAUGCCAUAAUUUCCUGCGUCGAUAUUCUUGACCCAGGCCAUCACUCAUUUUCGAUGAUAAAACGUGUGCGUUACCUCGCCCUUGAUUUUUUUCUGGAUAUCACGAAAAAGACUCGUCCAAUAAUUGUUCGAUAUGAGACGAUCUUCGUAUUACUUAAUCCAUUCGGAUAGCAAAUCCCUACGUUAUAAGAACGUUGCCAGGGGUCAUGUUUUGUCUUACUUUCAGUUGUUUCUCAACCUGGAUAUUAAACAAGAUAUGGAUAUCUAGGUGCUUUUGUACGAGGAAAAAAGAAGACAUCUGGAUUGUAAAAACAUGCAAAAAAACUCCCCUUAUGUCAUCCCACGCGUGGUCUAACGACCACUCUAUUGAUUUUGUCAAUGCCAGUAUAAUUGUCAAAGGAAACUUCAGAGUUCAAUAAACUUAGGAAUCAUGGUACACUGCAAACGCUAUCGAAGUCAACGAAGCAGACAAUAACUCCGAGAAGUUGACAAAACAAACUCUUUUCUUUUAAAUUAGGACAUUUGUUCCUUAUUUAACCAUUUUUACAUUUCCUAUGCUUUCUUCUCGCAUAUAUUUUUUCAUCUCGCGCUUUUUCGUUUUAGUUUUUAUACUGGAAACCGAAAGCCUACGUUUUAGAAUUCUUAACCAUAGAACGUUUUUACGCAAGAUAAUUUGUAAUUCUGGUUAAUACACCAUUUUUAAUAUGCAACCAAAUUUCUGUUUGUUGCAGCCGCCAGUAGACAGCUGAGGUUUGGUGUACCCUUAGCUGAGAAAGGAGAUUCCAUUUUAUAUUUUACUACUGGUUACUUUUGUAAAGCUAGUGCUACUCUGUAACACGGUUUACUAAGUUACAUAUCAUAAAACAAAAGUGGAAUACAAUUUAAUGCCCAACGACUUCCAUCCAAUAUAAAGUUUCCCUCGAUCAAUCAAUUAGAAAUCAGUUGGUAUCAGUUGGAGUCAACCUUUGGUAAUUAUCCGCCGAACAGAAUAUUUUUUAAUUAAUCCAGCAACAGAUUAAUGAAGUGGUUUUUAAAUUUCAGUUUUAGCGACACAUUCUGUCGUGGCCAAACGCCCUGAAAUAUACAUAGAGCAGUCUUCGUAGUUAACCUUCAACUUCAUCUUCGCAAAAAAACGUGAGAAAACUGAAAACCUUGUAUAACCAGCAAUGAAACCUGGGUUGACCGAGACUGAAACCUUAGUUUUGAUGAGUCAACUGAGGAAGCACCCGGUAUGAAGCGGCACUUUUAAAUAAGAAAGUCUCGUCAGCCUUAAAGGAUUACUGGUACGUUUUCUGUGGGGCAAGUCAACAAUUACUGAAUUCAUAGAAAACAAAACUUUGAUCUAAAUCACUUCCGCUCUUGAAAUCAAGACUCAGUGAUUCAUAUGAUGACUGGAUCAAGAACUGGGAUGUUGAUUAGAUCAACAGAACUGGAUUCAGCCUGGCAACAAUUUUUGUUCAGUCAGUGCCUCGAUACUCUUCAAGGCUCUCAAAGCAACUACACUCGUUGCCUCUGUAUCUUCAUUAAACGGGAGCCGUUGCCUUGAGCAACUACAACUACGAAGAUUUUUGUUCAGGCAGUGAUGCCUCGAUACUCUUCAAGGAUCUCAAAGUAACUACACUCGUUGCCUCUGCAUCUUCAUUAAACGGGAGCCGUUGCCUUUGACAACUACAGAGAAGCUUCUUAAGCGAUGCUUGAAACUCAGGUAUCUUGAAACAGUAAAUAACUGGAUUCAGAAACGAAUUUGCGUACUGUGCUACAAAAGUGAUUUGUACCCUGAAUGAGUACAUAUUUUGGAGGUAGUCUCUAAGAGCAAGACUGAUAUACCAGAAGGCAGACAGGUAAAAACUGAAAAGGCUGUCACGAUAAAAAGAGUUUUGGCAAGUUUUCUGUCUUGUUCCAUGGACCUGCAAGUAUUGCUACGAAACCGGUUACUGCGUUUGAUUGAGAACCAAAUCGCCAGGUACGCGUCAGUGAUAACCAAGACGGAGCAGAUGAUGGUGAUGGCCAUCAGAUAACUAAAUCCAUCCUGGCUUUUUGUGCGAUAAAGAUCAAUGAUCACAUUUACGACUCCAUUGAAGCAAGCUAAGAGCCAAACGAUUCCAACAGAAAGGUGGUAGUACCAUGUCUUAACAGUUCUAUGGCGAAAUGGCCACAACAUUGCGAGCAUUCUUUCCAGUGAAAUAAGAGCCAAUGACAAUAUUGAAGAUGUUACUCCAACAGUAUCAAGGAACACGCCUAUUUUUACUACAGUGUUAAUAACAAGGAUUGGUGCUGCGCUGGAGAUGUGAACAAACAGGAAAAGGCUGAUUGAUAUUCCCACUAAAAAGUCAGCAACUGCUAGAUUGAUGAGAAGAUAGCUGGAGCGCUUCAUUCGUUUCCGAAUGCUCCAGAAGAUGUGGAUCGUGACAGCGUUCCCAGUGAGUAUCAAAACUGCUUCACAGAUGUAUGUUAUCAACCACGGAACUCCUUUAAACAAGUGGAACACUUCAGGGCUUGUGCCGUUCAUUGUCUGUCCAGACCUGGGUAUAGGGAAAGGCAAAAGAGACCGAUUUUCUUAACAGUUUCUCAUUAGUAUGAAUAGGGAAACCGUGCGCAAAACACUACGGCAACGACAACGAACCAAACAAAAGGCUUAAUAAGCAGAACAGUGAUGAAUUUUCACUCGCAUUAUGCGCUUUUGUACAUUUCCUAGCGGCGUCCGUUGCAAAUCAAUAGCGUGAAAUUACUAAUUUCCAAUUUUUUUGUUAAACGUGAAUCACUACGACUAAUUUUUCAUAUCUCUAAUUAAGACCGAAUGCAUUCACAGCAUAUUCAGUAGGGGCAAGAUUUUAUACAGACAGGCACACUAAAGAGAUCUAGAUUACUGUAAAAUCCUGAAGAAAAAUAUUAAUACUUUAUCUAAUAGCCGUCGUCCCCGCCGUCGCAGUCGCAUACGCGUAAGGUCCCUAAUUAAACGUAUACUGUAGGUGAUCGUCCUUCCACCAGCUUUAACCAUGCAAGCACUCAUUAAGAGCCCUUUCUUUAAAGAAGGUCGUUUGAGAAGAGCCGUAAAGCAGUCAAACUCGUCCUGAAAAUUCUGAGUUGUCCUCAAAAUGGUCAAAAUGAUGUCCGGCUCUUCAGUAUUUUGGGCCACAAAAAUUUCCUAUUCUCCCGAAAUAGGGUUUAUGAGGCUUUGACCACAUUUGAAUAGUCGGAAUUAAGUCGACUUCGGCGUAAACCUGAGUCAGCUGCAGUUGUAUCGC